CCACAGUACUAGGUUAAGCAAAUAGUAUACAAGCUGUACAUUAUUUGUGAAGUGUAAGCUAGAAGAGAAGAAACACGAUGAAGAAAAGCGAGACUGCAGAAUGCAGCGGUGUUAGCAUGGAGUUGUCUGUGAAGAACAAAAAGAAAGGCAGUGGAGCCAGGCUUUGGAUGCGGAUGAAUAAAUUAGGGCAAUCAGAAGUGAUCGAGUGUGACAAGUCCACCAUUGUCAAGAGACUUGGCGUUCCUGCUAGAGCUUUGAGACUCAUGCUCUCUCCUUACUUCUCUCAUUCCUCCACUGUUCUCGCUAGGGAGAGAGCGAUGAUUGUCAAUUUGGAGUUCAUAAAAGCUAUUGUGACUGCUGAAGAAAUUUUGUUGCUUGAACCUCUCCGCAAAGAGGUGAUUCCUUUUGUGGAUCAGCUAAGGCUUCAGUUUCCCCUGAGAAGUCCCCGUAGGAUGGAUGGAGCAGGGCAGCUGGUGAUACGUGAUACUGAACAUUUGACACCGCGUGGGCAGUCUGAUGCUGUUGAAGUGUUUCAGGCUGAGCUUCCCUUUGAGUUUCAAAUUUUGGAAAUCGCUCUGGAGUUAGUCUGUACGUCUCUGGAAUCAAGUGUGGCGGAUCUGGAAAGAGUUGCUUAUCCAAUGUUAGAUGAAUUGGCAAGGAAUGUCAGCACCAAAAACCUUGAGCGUGUUAGGAGUACAAAAAGCAACCUCACUCGCCUCCUUGCACGUGUACAGAUGGUGAGGGAUGAAAUCGAACAUCUUUUAGAUGACAAUGAAGACAUGUCUCAUUUAUACUUGACAAGGAAGCUGGGACAACAUCAGCAAUCCGAGGCUCUAAUAGGAUCCAUGGCUUCAAAUAAUACAGUCGGUACAUCCAGUCUUCAGCGAUUUAGUUCUGUCAGGAGUGGGAGCGUAGCGGCUGGCAGCUAUUCCAAUGGCAAGGAUGUUGAGGAUCUGGAGAUGUUGUUGGAGGCAUAUUUCAUGCAGCUAGAUGGCACUCGUAACAAGAUAUUAUCAGUUCGCGAGUACAUCGACGACACAGAGGACUAUGUUAACAUCCAGCUUGACAAUCAGCGAAAUGAACUUAUUCAACUACAGCUGAUAUUGACAAUUGCAGCGUUUGCCAUAGCGGUGGGGACUCUAAUAGCUGGGUGUUUUGGAAUGAACACUCCGUGUCAACUAUACGAUAUAGAUGGGGUUUUCAACACAUUCGUUGGAGCUCUAAUGGCUUUCUGUGUUGUGAUUUUCUUCCUGCUUCUUGCAUAUGCUAGAUGGAAGAACUUAAUUGGGUCUUAAGCUCCUUAAGUCAUCAAAUAUCCACCAAUACGCAUUAUAAACGGGUCCUUAUUUCUGUAAUAUCACUCCAAUACAUCGAACUUUGAGUUUAUCUUUGGUUUUGUACUUCCCCUUUGUGGCUCAGAUUUAUUUGAGUAAAAUGUGUUUGCUUCUUCACAAGCAUUCUCUACAGAUUUAUUAU